AUGCCAUCAUCAAUUAAAUUUCGCGUUACGAAUGCACCAGAUAAGUUAUUAGAAAUAUACACCCUCUGUGGAACAGAAUGGGGAGGUAAGCUUAGCCCACGUCAAUUUGGUGAAACGCUUACCGAAAAUCAUUUGAAAGAUAUUGAAAAUGGUAAAAAGCCUAAUGCGUUUUACUUUGAGGAUGUAGAGACAGGAAAAGUGGUUACGUGUGCGGUAGUUAAACAUAUGAAGGGGUUUUAUAAAGAUGCCGAUCGGUCGCAAGCCAUUUCUUCGGUCCCAGAUCCAGCAACAUUUGGGGUUCGUAAUGUUACUAUAUUGUUGUUCUGUUAUGUGUUCUGUCAUAAAGACUAUAGAGGAAAGGGAUUGGCCAAAGAUCUUAUUGAGAAAGUCAUUGAGUACACAGAAGAUAAGCUAGUGGAAGACCAUGUUGAGCUGAGCAAUGCUGAAAAGAAGGAUAGUUUUAAGAAUAUGGUUGUUACUGAUGGUAAAGUUGACAAAAGUUUAGCCAAUUACUAUUUGGGAAAACAAUAUUUUUGGGUAUUGUACUCGGGAGUACAGGAUUAUUACAAAAGAUUUGGAUUCAAGUCUUAUCCAUUAGAUUUUUACAAAGUUCCCACUUCAAUUAUUAAUGAUGAGCAAGAGAAGCUUGUUAGAAAUCUUAUUAAGAAGGAGGGGAAUAUUGAUCCUAGCCUUACUGGCAAACAUUUGAGAUUUUUACAUUCUUCGAAAAAGCAAGACCAAGAUAUAAUCCAAUUUAUUUUACAGGAUAAAGAAUUGGAAAUAUUGACUGACUUGAACAAGCUGAUAUUUCAUUCCGAAUUAGCUGGUAGUCAUAAAUCAUCGUCAUCUUUAACAAAUUUGUCAAGUAUGUUGCAAUUAUCUAAGCUUGGCUCUAAUGUUGCAUUGACAUCUAUAAAUGAGGGUGACAACAAUCAACCAGGUUCACCAGGACGUAGAAAAUCCUCAAUUCAAGAGGUAUCUGUCCCAAAAUUUUCCUUUAAACCUGACUACAAUAGUUUUCUCAAUUUGGUUUCUCUUGAACAAGCUUCUGCUAAAGGCCUGAAAGAUGAACGUGCAAUUGAGUAUACUGAUAUUCAAGGUGCAAUUCUCACCAAUGACUUGCAGCAAAAGUCUUAUUAUAUCCUUUGGUGUUCCUUCAAACAACAAAUGUUGUGCAUAUUAGCAAUUGGUGAGUUGAAGUUUGACAUGCUCGGAAAUAUAGGAGAUCCAACUGGUAGUAUGGGAGGAAGGCGUAGUCGCCGUGGCUCUUCAUUUACAGGAAUUAAUGAGAUGGGUGGUUUUAACUUUCAAGAUUUAGAUCUUCUUAUUAGUACGGCCUGUUUGGUAGCUAAGAAUAGACCUAUUCCAAAGGACGAUUCAGUGUUUGUCUCAGUAAAUGAUUUGCCUACUAACAUUCCGAUUACCGUCUUAUAUGAUUACUUUAUGAACUACUUGCCAAAGAAUUUUGAAAUGGUGCAUUCACCCCAUGAUGAAACUACCCCAGCGGAGACUAGUGUUGAAAUUGUAACAGAUGCAGAUGUAAAAUUAGGAGUUUUACCAAUGUUAAAAAGAUUUGGCAAGACCUCGCUAGACUUUAAUUUAGAUUGGACCUCGGAUGGUCUUUGGUCCUGGGGUUAA